AUGUCUGCGAUACUCGUCCUGUGCUCGCUGCUGCACAUCGUUGCUGCAGACGACAGCACGUCAGAAUUCCAGCAUGACCCCUACCUCGCCUUCCGUCCACAGUUCGCCCGUUCCCUCCCCGUCCAGAUCAUGCUCACCGGCGUCGUCCUCACCCUCGUCGCCGUCCUUUUCAUCCAUCUCAUGUUCACCGCUCAGUAUCACUGGCCUCUCGCCCCCGUAAACUAUGUUCUCCAGCUCUCCGGUGUCACCACUCUGCUCAUCUCUCUCAUCGCUACCAUCCAUGUCGUUCUCUCCGCCACCUUUGCCGAGAGCGAAAAGUGGCCUUAUAUGCUCUCAUACAUCGCCGUCAAUGUUCCACCCCUCGACAUCGAUACCAACACAGAGGGCUGGUCCGUCGCAGAGAGGGCCACCUGGCUCGUUAUGAAUGCCUCAACCUCGGGUCUCAUCCAGAUAACACACAUUCAAUUUCUCACUCUACUCUAUCCCUCCAAGCUCGAGGGCCGUCUCAUCUUCGCCCUUCUAGGGCCCCUCGCCGUCGUCGCUGCCGUCAUGCAGCUCCUUCCCAUCAGCGGCAACACCUACGUCAACAACAUUGCUUCCGCCGUCCGCAACGUCUGCAACGCCACCCUCUCCCUCCUCUUCACCCUCUCCCUCUUUAUCUGGGGUCUCCUCGUUAACCGCCGCCAGGCCUGGCGCACAGACGGCGGCACCGCUGUCUUUGGCUGCGCCGCCCUCUCCCUCGCCGUCGUCAGUACCGCCCUCAACUUCCUCUACGUCCACAAGGAGGAAGAAUUCGUCUGGCUCCCUGCCCUCAUGUGGGCCGUCGUUCUCUGGCAGAGCUUCCUCGGCUGGUGGUGGUGGGUCGGCGCUGGCUCGGGCGGCGCCUUUGCGAGCGAAGACGAAAAUAUGGAGGACAAGCUUCGCAGGCAGGCUAAGCGCGACGCCCGUCGCAGGGAAAAACGUGAGAAGAAGAAGGAAAUGGGCAGACUGCGAAGCACCAUGCUCGCACGAAGCGAGUCCCGGAAUGGGACAGGCAUGCUAGCUGUACCCACGUCCUCUGCGUCCGCGUCGGGCCAGUCCCUCUCGCGCUCCUCCAACGCGUAUCUGCGCCAUGGCGUAUCCCCAUCCUCUAUCGCCCCGCGCGAAAUAUCUCAGACCAACUCGAGCGAGCCGCUCACCGCUUCCCCUACCUCCCCCCGCACUAACACCAACACCAACACCAACUCGACCUCGCUCAGCGACACAACGACCUCCGCAUCGUCUUACGCCUCCUCCUCCCUGCGCACGCGCCCGAGCGGCCGUCUGCCGCAGUACCUCCCUGGCGUCGUCUGGCGCUGGUACGCGUCGCUGCGCCGUGAGCACAACGCCGCCGCGCGCGUGCAGGCCGCCGAGCGUGUCGAGCGGAUGCGCGAGAUCGGCGCGGUGCCGGCUGGGAGUGCGGGUGCUGGGCCGAGCGCUAGUGCGGCGGGUCCAGGAUCAGGGGAGAUGGGCAUCGAGAUGACGGAUGUGAGCACCCGAAAUGCGGAGGACGAUCCGCUUACUGUGGAGAAAGCUGCGGCACGCAAUGCUAGUGCCAAUAACAACAAGAAUAACAAUGCUAAUGCUAGUGGUGCUGCUGGUGCGCGUCGAGGGCAGGUCGAGGUGGUUGGGUGGGGAUGGGGAUGGGAGGGCUUUGGCUGGCGGCGCCGGCAGAGGCGCGCCGAGCGCGAUACGGAUGCCCAGAUGGAGCGGGACUUUGAGUUCGAACGACAGGGCCGCAGUCGGGGCCGUACGCGACGGAGAAGGGGGGCGGAGGAGAAUGGGAGCGGGAGCCAAUGGUCAUCUGCAUCGUCUUCCGAUCCAUCAGACGAGGAGGAGGAGGAGGAGGAGGAGGAUGAUAUGUAUGUUUCUGAUGAGGAUAGGCGUGCGAGGCGGCGCGAGCGCGAGCGGGAAAGAGGGAGAGAUCGGGUGCGCCGGCGGACGGCUGCUGCACAACAACAUCAGGAACAAGAAGCGCAGGCGCAGGCGCAGGUUGUCCCUAAUGCACCUACGGGCGCGGAACCCGUCGCUGCUACCCGUCCGCGCUCUGUGUGGUGGUGGGGUCCGCUGUGGCGCUGGCGGUUACAGGACUCGACGGUGUACAGAUGA